GUUUCCCCUUUGGCGAGCGCAGCGUUUUCCCCUUUAGAAAUUGUUCUGCUUUGUUCAAAGUUGGAUUUAAACCAUGAAGAACUGGGAUUUAUCGAAUGCCACAUAACCGCCAAAAGGCCAACAUCAACGAAAAGCUGAGGUUUGAGCCCAAAUACAACACGAUGGAGCAGGGUGCGGCCCUAACAAACCAAGCCUCCUCCUACCUUGAUCUUCUCACAGUGCGUCGGGUGGAGCUGGUCAACGGGAUUAAAAACACUGAUUGCAUCUUGGACAACUUGCUGCAUACUGGAUACUUCACGUCUGAGGAUAUGGAGUUCGUACAGCAGAGUGUAACUCGGCACGAGAAGGUGCGUAAAAUAUUGGAUAUCACAACGGCUAAAGGAGAAGAUUGUGCAGAGUACCUUGUAUUUAUCCUUUACUCUGCCAAAGGGAUUUACUCAGAUGUUCAGCCUUGGUUGAAAGAAAUUGAUUACAGCCCACCAGAGCACAUGCUGAGAGAACCAGUACUGAUUACAGAUACAGGUAAAGUUCUUUUAGCAGAGAAAAUCUGUCAGUACUUUGAGAAGCUCCGCAGUGCAGUGCAACAAGAUGCCAGGUUCACUUCAUCCUACACCCAGAAGGAGGAUGUUCUGUUUGAUGACAUUUACACUGAGUCUAUUAUGGAGGUAAUCAACGCAGUCAAUGAAACCAAGGGGACCAUCACCCACUUGGAGGAUUUGUUCAGUGACACUGGAAUCAUAAACAAAGAUGUUGAAACUGUGUUUGUAACGGGUGACGCUGGAGUGGGAAAGACCAUUCUCCUCCAGAGAGUUCAGAACCUGUGGUCAAAGGGAGAGCUCUGUGCCGAUAUCAAGUUCUUCUUCAAGUUUAGAUGCAGAAUGUUCAACAGCUUCAAGGAGGAGGACAAAAUCUCUCUGCGAGAUCUUCUGUUCAAGUACAACUGUUACCCUGAUAAAGACGCUGAUGAGAUAUUCAGUUACAUCCGACAGCAUCCAGCCACCGUUCUCUUCACACUGGACGGCUUUGAUGAAAUGAAUGUGGACCUUAAUGAUAUCCCCGACAUCUCAUCGCCCUUCGAGCCCACACACCCUGUAGCCCUGGUGUUGAACCUUCUCAGAGGAAAGUUGUUAAAGGGAUCCAUAAAACUAUUGACAGCGAGAACAGGCACAGAUUUACCAUUGAGGAUGGUGAGAAAGAGAGUAAUACUGAAGGGCUUUUCUAAGGAACAUUGGCUGGGUUAUUUGAAAAAGUCUUUCAAAAACAAGGGCGAUCAAACUAUAAUUCUGACCCAGCUGGAGGCCAACCCUCACCUGUGUAGUCUAUGUUCAGUGCCAUUGUUGUGCUGGAUUAUAUUUAAAUGCUACGAGCACCUUCUGUUCGCAAGUAGUUCCCAGUCUUUGUCAAAUUCAAUUACACUGACUGAUAUCUACCUGGUUAUGGUUGAGGUUUUCCUUAACCAUAAUUCCCAGGACAACCUGCACAGGAGCAAUGACAGGAGCCAGCUAAACGUCUUCAGGAGACGGAAAGAAGCCUUAAUGCGGAUCGGUAAGUUAGCCUUAAAGGGCACUGAAAACAAUGAUUUGGUGCUCAACCAGGAGAAAAUUGAAGCCGUUAACAUUUGUGAAGAGGACUUCCAGUUGGGUUUCAUCAAAACCACAGGUCAAUAUAAUGGGCGUGGAAACCAAACAACAUAUGAAUAUAUUCACGUAACUAUUCAAUGUUUUUUUGCUGCAUUUUCACUCCUCCUAGAUGACCAAAUCAGUCCACAAGAGUUCCUGGCAUCAUUUAAUGAUGGUAAUGCACCAAGAUCCUCAUCUCGUACAAUCAACAAAUUCUUCAGCCUGAAGAGGGAAUCCUCCACAAAUGUCAUCAAGUCAUCCCGCGAAUCUCUGCAGUUUACCUUGCUCUUCCUUUGUGGCUUGUUGUCUGACAGUAAUAUCAGUCUGAUGCAAAGCCUUGCAUCCCCUUCAGUCAUUAAGAAAAAGCAGGCAGUGCUAACAUCCUACCUGUUUGGCAGCAUGAAAACGCAUUUGAAAGGCCUUCCUCGACUGAAGCUGGAAGAUGGCUACAACCGAGUUCACGUACUACCACGCUUCAUAUGGUUAAUUCGUUGCAUAUUCGAAAAGCAGAAUCGAGCAGCAGCCAAAGUGGCAGCCAAAUAUAUCAGUGCUGACUAUAUAAAGCUGAAUUUUUGCAAUGUUUCCUCUGUGGACUGCGGUGCUCUUGCAUUCAUCUUGACGCACAUCGUGAAACCGCUGGCCCUGGAGAUGGACAACAACAACAUCAACGAUUAUGGUGUGGAGCAACUGACCUCCUGUUUCCGGCAGCUCACAGUCCUCAGGAUGAGUGUGAACCAAAUCACGGAUCAUGGUGUACAUACCUUGGUGGAAGAACUCAAAAAAUAUCAGAAAAUCAGAAUACUUGGACUUUACCAAAAUUACAUAAGUGAUGUUGGUGCGAUGGACAUUGCCAACCUGGUCGAAGUUUGUCCGAGUCUCAUUAAUUUGAGAAUUGGAAAAAAUAUGAUUACCCAUAAAGGAGGAACAUAUCUGGCUAAAGCGAUACGAAAAAGCAAAACUAUUCAGGAGCUUGGGUUCUGGGGAAAUCAAAUAGGAGACAAAGGGGCUGAAGAGGUUGCAGAAGCGUUAAUAGAUCACCACAGCCUGAAAGAGAUGAGCCUUGCAGCAAAUCUGAUCUCAUCAAAGGGCGGCCAACACUUGGCCAAGGCACUCUGCAAGAACAACUCGCUGAAGAUACUCUGGUUGACACAGAAUGAUUUGGAUGACGAAGCAGCUGAACGCUUUGGCGAAAUGCUGAGAGUCAACUGCUCUUUGGAAAAGUUAUGGUUGAAUGAAAACAAGAUAACGUCCAAGGGAACUGCUCAUCUCCUCCAGGCGCUCAAGGGAAAUACAACAAUUGAUGAGAUUUGUCUAACGGAUAAUCAAAUUCUGCCGGAUGAUAUCCAGCACUUUGUGAAAGAUAAACGCAUCAUCAUCUAGAGACCGCAUUCAAAACACCAUGGAGACCAAUUGACUCGGUUGGCAAUAAUCUCACCUCUGCAUCAAAAGCUCAAUGCUUCAAACCCAAUUCCAGAAAUCUCAGCAUAUAAUUGAAAUGGUCAGGAAGGAAGGCUGCUUAGCAGGACAUAUUAUCCUUUAUUUCACAGUGUAACCAAGGCCCCCUUCUGCCUUUUCAGUUAUAUCAGAGAUGAGGAGGAAAAUAUUGAACAGUAACAUGAUUUUGUGGUCCUCACUGUGCCAAUUGACUGCUGAAUGUUGUCCAUUGCCACAUGCAGGACAACGCUUAUGAAAUGUAAAAUGUUCUUGAUGAUCCUGUUCUCGUAGUAAUGCAGUUUUGACAUUCUUCAGUUCUUCAGUGUUUUCAAGCAUGAUCUGAUGUGUUAUAUUCUGGGUUUUAUAUCCAUGACCCAUUUUGAGAUCACCUGUUUGAGAUCAAAGAUGUACAUAGAAACAUAGAAACAUAGAAAUUAGGUGCAGGAGUAGGCCAUUCGGCCCUUCGAGCCUGCACCGGCAUUCAAUAUGAUCAUGGCUGAUCAUCCAACUCAGUAUCCCGUACCUGCCUUCUCUCCAUACCCCCUGAUCCCCUUAGCCACAAGGGCCACAUCUAACUCCCUCUUAAAUAUAGCCAAUGAACUGGCCUCAACUACCCUCUGUGGCAGAGGUUUCCAGAGAUUCACCACUCUUUGUGUGAAAAAAGUUCUUCUCAUCUCGGUUUUAAAGGAUUUU